AUGAACUCAGACAAUUACUGGGCCGGUGUGGAUUCUAUCGACUCAAAAAGUUCUAUUCUUGAACAAUCAGGUUCUAUUGACCCCUCUUUCAACCAACAGUCUCGCCACGAUGAUGGCUCUCCAGGCCCUGCCUAUGGCGGAAGCCAGCAGCAACAGCAACACCACCAAGAUGCAGUCGCCGCUGCUGUCGCCAUGUCUCAGCAACAUCACCACCAUCAUCAUAUGCACUCUCAGUCCCUAGAAUCUAGCCACGGGGGUCCUGGUGGUGAUGGGUCUGAUGGCAACGAUCUUGGCGUCCACCCUGACGGGUCAGGCGGUUCCGGCCAACUUUCAUCGCCGUCUCAUCUUGAUAUGUCUGUCACAUCCAAUAGUCCUCCCGGUUCAAGUCCGCGCUCUGCCGCCGCCGUGGUAGCUGCUGCUCGCCAAGCUAGAGGUACAAAUUCACCGCCACCAAGCUCUGCAGCUGGCUCGCAGGUGGGUGGCGCGGGCUCACAAUCGCAACAAGGCCAGUCGCCUCAAGACUCACCACAGAUGCACCAUGGGAGACUAUUGUCAAACACAAAGCGUGCUCACCAAAACAGACAGGCCCAACGCGCAUUCCGCCAACGCAAGGAAAUGUACAUUAAGGAGCUGGAAGCUAAGGUCCAGGAACUCAAGACUUCUAAAGAAACCAUUGGUGCUCUACGACAAGAAAACAUUCAACUUCGCGAUUAUAUUCUUGCUCUUCAGUCGCGACUUAUUGAGCACCCUGGUGGUGUACCUACUCCACCUGCCGUUUGUGCUCGCCAGCAACCUGAUAUCUACGAACAGAACAAACUGGAAAAAUGA